AUGACCCGACCCCUAGGCAUGGCCUUCCACGGCGCCCUCCUGGCCCUCCUGGCGCUCAUCCCCGCCAAGGUCACCUCCGGCGCCAUCGCCUGCCGCGAGGUGCCCCCAGAUGCCAGGCCGCUGGUCAUGCUCGAGCGGCCGUUCGAGUUCGGCCCCCGCGGGGGCAUCUCCUUCGAGCUCACCGGCCUGGCGCUCCGUCUUCUGGGCGCGCCAAAUUCAUCGGACUCCACUUUCCUCACAGAUGCGGCCGCCCUGGCCCGCAUGGGCGUGGUGGCGGUACCAGAGCGCCGAGAGGCGUUCUCUUGCCCCUUCUAUGCGUCCCGCCCCCCGGGAUGCCCGCUGGCCUCCGCGGGAGUGUCGGUGCUGUUCCGGUUCGACAUCCCUGAGAUCGCGCGACAGGUGUCGGGGCAAGAUCCCGGAGUGGGGUUCCGGACGACGGUGUCGGCGCCGGACGGCGAGCACGCGCUGUACUUCGCCAACUGCGCGGCUGGCACGGAGGCGUCGUUCCGGGUGACAGUCUCGGAGUUCAACGGGCGGGAGGGCGGCGGGGUCCGGUACCUGUCCGCGGGAGAUGCGGGCUCCCCGGAGCUGUUCAUGGUGAGCCGCAUGCGGCCAGGGCGAUGCCAUUCUUGA